CUGGCUGUAUGCCUCUUCCUGGUCACGCUAAUGACUAAUACUUGGUGGUCGGUGAGUGGUCAGAACCUGGCUCUAGAGCCCCAUCGCGCCUGCAAAAAGGCGCGCAAAUUGAAGGGGCGACUUGGCGAGGCUUGUCGCGGAGGCGCCGCUCUUAUCGCCGCCGUUGCACGCGGUGCAGCCCUCGGCGGACGCGAGUGCGGACACCAAUUCCGUGAUCGUCGAUGGAAUUGCACUACGGACAGACGAAGUCUUAGACGGAUUUUGAUGAGAGAUACAAGAGAGACAGGAUUUGUCAAUGCAAUUACUGCUGCUGGAGUGACGUAUGCUGUAACCAGAGCCUGCACUGCUGGUGAACUUGUUGAUUGCUCUUGUGACAAAAAAUUAAGUAGGAGACAUCCGCAAAUGGGAACUAUGAGUAAGAAGAAUCAUCGUGGUAAAGGUAAGGGUAAAGGGUUUAAACGAGGAAGAAAACAAGCCAUGCCAAUGCCUGAUGGAGAUUGGGAAUGGGGUGGUUGUGGAGAUAAUGUACAUUUUGGCUAUAGAAAAUCUCGUGAUUUUAUGGAUGCGAGACCCUCAGGCAGGCAUGGGGAUAUAAAGACACUUGUGCGAUUGCACAAUAAUGACGCCGGUAGAUUAGCCAUAAAAGACCACAUGCGUUUAGAGUGCAAAUGCCACGGGUUAAGUGGUUCCUGUACGCUCAAGACUUGUUGGAUGAAAAUGCCUCCAUUUCGGGACGUGGGAAAUAUACUUAAAGAGAGAUUCGAUGGAGCAGCUAAGGUGAUUGCGGGAAACGAUGGAAAUUCUUUUAUGCCAGAAGGGCCAACUAUUAAAAUUCCUUCGCGAUCGGACCUAGUCUAUACUGAAGAAAGUCCUGAUUUCUGCACGGCAGAUAGGCGAACUGGUUCUCUUGGAACUAAGGGCAGAACGUGCAAUGCAACUUCUCCAGGAAUGGACGGGUGUGAUUUGCUCUGCUGUAGGCGAGGUUAUGAUAAAAAAAUAAUUCGCGAAAACGUGAAUUGCAGAUGCGAAUUUCAUUGGUGUUGUGAAGUCACUUGUGAACUCUGUCAACGGAAACGAGAAGUUUAUACUUGCCGGUACUUGAUACCCAACAAGAAAAUACAAAAUGAUUGUGUUAAGUUAUUUACUUAA